GGUAGAGGUCUAGUGAUGAUGUCUAAUCUAGGGUGUAGUCGGGGACAUUUCCUUUUGGGGGAGUUGUUUCGUUCAGUGGCAGGUGUCUAUGGUUGGGAUGAUGCAGCACAAGCAAAUGUGGAAUUUAAUACAAGGUUACCCGUAAAGCUUCCAUUGAGUAGUCCACAACCAUGGGAGGGUACCUACGAGGUCGAACCUGUGAACAUUCCUAUUGGUGGACCAAUAGAACUACCAUUUUCUACAAUAUACGUCGCUGCAUCCACUUUUCAACCCGACCAAGAACUAUGUCAGGUCGACUAUUACCCAUGCGCCAACAAGGAUAAUACCUAUUGUCCAGUGAUGAGCAUAU